AUGGCAAGUGACAGCAAGCCCCAUGUCGUUGAGACCGGCACUGUGCCGGCCGCCGCUGCGACAAAGCCCAGUUUCGGGAGCCGCGUUGCGGCUCAUUUCAAGCGGUGGUGGUGGGUGCACCUCAUCAUCUUGAUUGUGGUGGUGCUGGUGGUGGUGCUGCCGGUAGUUUACGUUGGAUACCCCAACAUUGCCCAGCAUGAUAUUAACAAGUCAACCUUGAAUAUCACUAGCAUGGCAAUCAGUGAUCCGACCCCCAAUUCCUUCCAUUUGCGAGAGACACAGGUUAUCGGGUCUAGCAGCGCCUUCAAGCCCAACAUCUACUCCUUCGGUGCCGCCAUCAGUCUACUGGGCGGAGCUCCCUUCAUCACAGUUCAGAUCCCCAAAUUCAAAGCACAUGAUGGCGUCCAGGUCGAUGUCGACCAAGACGUUAACAUCACCGACGUGGCGGCAUUUACCGAGUUUAGCAAGGCGGUCAUGCUAAAUGAGGAGAUCCAGAUGAAUGUGUACGGCAAGGCUGAUCUGAAAGAGGGUAGCCUGCCCAAGACGAAGAUCACAUACAAUAAGACAACAACCAUCAAGGGUCUCAACAAACUCAAGGGGUUCGACCUAGUCGAUCUUACCAUCUCGACUUCUGCGAAGAGUGGAAAUAAUGGCAAAGGGACCGUCUACAUUCCCAACCCUUCGCCCUUCACACUCACUUUGGGCAAUGUCACACUUGACCUAUCCGUCAAUGGCACCGCUAUUGGCCAAUCCUACCUGACCGACCUCACCAUCCGCCCCGGCAACAAUACCCUUCCCAUGACUGCCAACGUUAGCACCCUCACCGUGGCAGGCAUGCUUGGUAGUUAUCCCACUUUGAUGCUUCCCGUUGACAUUGUCGGCAAUUCGAGCGUCUACAACGGCGAGGAACUAUCGUAUUUCGCCGACGCUCUAGCUGCUAACACACUCAGCGUAGAGCUGAACGUGACGAAGGCGUUGGGAGGCAUUCUUUAG